GGGAAAAUGUAAAGAAACAGCACUUACAAGCAAAAUGUUACAUAAAACAUGUAAGAUUUCAAAACUGAGCAAAAGCUUCUUGUGCUCUUUUCUACCUCCAUACAAAAUAUUACUAAGUCCUAAAAGCUGAUCGUCUUUGGUUAUUGGAAUGAAGACAGUUAAAAAUUUAAACCUAUAGUGGUGUGAUAAUAGUUUUUUAUCGAGUUUUUGAAAUUUCUGUCUUUCAGAUAACUGUUUUCUAAAAUUUGCUACAUGUGUUAAUUUUUGAUACAAAACAUUAUGAUUAUUCCAGGAUUUAGCAUUGUGACAUUCAGCGUUAGCUCAAUGAAAUAUUUGUCAAAAAAAUAUUUGUUGAGUACCUUUUUUUGGUGAAAAAACAAGACUCAUACUAUAAUUUAAAAUGUAAUCUUUGAAAAACGAGAACUAUGAAAAGAUGUAUUGCAUUUUUCUUCAACAAAUAUGUCCACCAAAAGUAUCUCUUGACUUGUUGCACUAUAUUAGCUGCAUCUCAUUUUUCAGAAAUGUUAUGUCUCUGCCAGUGUUGUUAGCUAACGUUACUGGUUUUUGGAAGAAAGAAAGAAACAGAUUUAUGGACUAAAUUCAUCUGCAGUCCUGCUGAAAAUUAGACAAGGAGCAGCAACAAAAGGCUUGGACAAACCACGAAAACAUGCAGCUAACCAUACCAACAUUUGUCAAAAGGUGUGAACACAGUAAUCGCAGUAAUCGACCAAGACAACUGCACCAAGACUCUUCAGAGGAAGUGGUUGCAGUCCGUUCGCAAACGAUCUCUGGAGCACUUGAUUUGUGGUGGGAACGUGACCUAAUCCAACCCAACUACUAGGUGUACUUGCAAGUUUGAGUGAAACAGCUUCCAUAGCCAGCUGCCGGCCGCACUGCAGAAGGUCAGAGAGAGAAGAAGAGGAGAGAGGCAAAGACUCAGAGAGGCAGAGGGAGAGACAAGGGGUGGGGUGCUUUGGAUGUACAUGAACAUGCCGAGAGGAGAGCGCGCGGACGAGCGAUGACAACCAUGCUGAGCCCAAAGAUCAGACAGACCAGGAGAGCCAGGUCCAAGAGCAUGGUGAUGGGCGAGGUGUCGCGGGGCCCAUGCCGGCCGGCCUCCCCCAGCCUUCAGGAGGGAGCGCUGAAGGCUGGUUGGCUGAAGAAGCAGCGCAGCAUCAUGAAAAACUGGCAGCUGCGGUGGUUCGUGCUGCGCUCAGACCAGCUCUUCUUCUACAAAGACGAGGAAGAAACCAAACCACAGGGCUGUAUAACUCUGCAGGGAUGCCAGGUGAACGAGCUCACAGCGAACCCGGACGAACCAGGGAGACACCUCUUUGAGAUUGUACCAGGUGGAACAGGAGACAAGGACCGGGCACCAAUCAGCCAUGAAUCCUUCCUGCUCAUGGCAAACUCCCAGACAGACAUGGAUGACUGGGUCAAGGCAAUACGGCGAGUCAUCUGGGCGCCAUUUGGAGGAGGGAUAUUUGGCCAGCGUUUGGAGGACACGGUGCAGUAUGAGAAGAAGUUCGGCCCCCGGCUGGCACCCCUGCUGGUGGAGCAGUGUGUGGACUUCAUCAGGGAGAGAGGCUUGGAUGAGGAGGGUCUCUUUCGGAUGCCAGGACAGGCCAACCUGGUCAAAGAGCUGCAGGAGGCCUUCGACUGUGGUGACAAACCUCUGUUUGACAGUAAUACAGAAGUCCACACAGUGGCAUCCUUGCUGAAGUUGUACCUGCGAGAGCUGCCUGAACCUGUCAUUCCUUUCUCCAAAUAUGAAGACUUUCUAACCUGUGCACAGCUUUUGGUCAAAGAUGAGGAGGAGGGGGUCCAGGAGCUUGGAAAGCAAGUUAGCACUCUACCUCUACCUAACUACAAUCUCCUCAAGUACAUAUGCAAAUUCCUUGAUGAGGUCCAGUCCCACUGUUAUGAGAACAAGAUGAGUGUCCAGAAUCUCGCCACAGUAUUUGGACCAAAUAUCCUUCGACCCAAGAUGGAGGACCCAGUCACCAUCAUGGAAGGUACCUCUCUGGUCCAGCACCUGAUGACAAUCCUCAUUAGGGAACACAACCGUUUGUACUCAGGGAGGGACCAGGAAGGAUCCACCGUGCCCCAAACAGAGCUCCCUGUCCAGGGACAUCAGCUCCAACAUCGCAGCCUGGGAGCCUGGAUCUCCGAGGAAGAUCUCCACAGCUGCCCAGUCUCCAACCCUGACCAAGAACUGCACAGCAGUGCCUCAUCUCUAGAUGCCAAACUGUGUGCAGCCAUCACACCCACUCAGACCCCUAACCCAAACCCUGGACCAAAACUGGGAUCUCCAUCAGGGAAGGGAGACACCGUGGUCAGCCCGAGUAAACAAGCCAAGACCAUGCCUUCCUGGAAAUACUCCUUCAAAAGCUCCUCAGCGCCUCGUUCCCAGCCACAAGCUAAGCAAAGCAGCGGCGGCUCUGUGGCAGACACUACCAGUGUAUCUUCUGGUGGAGGUGGAGGUGGGGGUGGAGGUAACUGGCUCAUGAACGGUUUGUCCUCCUUGAGGGGACACCGCCGCACCUCUUCAGGUGAGCGGUCUGCCCGGGACCGCGACUCCACCGGCUCCUCGCAGAGACUGUCCACCUACGACAACGUCACCUCCUCUUCCAGCAUGGGGAGUGUUCCAAGUGUAGCCAGCACACCUUGGUCCACAUCCUCCUGCGAGAUCUCCGUUCCUGAAUCUGGCAGCAGCGAGCCUUCAGCUAACCAGAUCUGUGGAGCAGGGGGUGAAAGUGGGGAAAAAGGGGAGUGGAUGGAGAGUCAGAGGGAGAUUGACAGAGGAAGGGAUGGAGGUAUGACGACAGACCCGAGCUCUGAGCAGGACAGCUGUGAGGCCAUGGAGCUGUGCAGCAGCAGUGCAGCAUGCAGUGAGAACGGACACAUGGCCAUGGCAGCCGGGGUGCCGUCCAUUAUCAUGUCUGAGGAUGGAGAUGGGACAAAUAUAACACUGAGCAAUCUGGUAGAGGGGCUGAAAGAUGAGUUGAGGAAACAGAAGACUGUGUACGAGGCCAGGAUCCAAAAAUUGGAGGAUUCCAGUGCUGCCCUGUGUGCACAGAUGGAGCGUUUGGAACAGGAAAUGGAGCAGGAAAGGAAGAAGCAACGCAUGCUGGAGAUCAAACUACGAAACUCUGAGCGGGCACGGGAGGACGCAGAGAACCGCAACCGGCUUCUGGAGAAGGAGAUGGAGGAUUUCUUUUCCACUCUUGGAGAUCUGGCCUUAGGUGCGAGGACUAGCGACAUUUGAUACAGCACGGCCACUCCUCUGUCUGGGGCCAAAACAGUGGCUGACAUCAGGGUUUAAAUUUACGGGGUUUGGUGUUCCUUAAGGGCUUGUGUCCUCCUCAGUGCAGCAGGAUGUUCCUUCAAGAAAAGAACAAAAUAAAAAAAAUUUAAAAACAGGCCAUUUUUGUGUUCAUUCAGGACAAACUCGAAGGAACUGUACUAGAUGACAGAAGAAAUUCACAUGAAGUAAAUAUGAAAUCAUCUCCACUGAGCACCGAGUGGUUUUGACUUUCCUUGAUGUGCAGUGAUACUCAUACGCAUGCUUGAAAUGGACAUUGAUUUACACCCAUGUGAUGAGUCUUGUGGAGGCAGUAUUUUAACAGUUCAGGUACCUGUGCGUAAAUGGUGGGACAUAGUGUAAUUUCUUUGACAUUCUCUUUACUGGAGAGCACUGACUUCUACAACCACUAUGUUACAAGGACAUUACGUGAAUGGAUUUCGUGCAGAAACUGUAAGACUCUUUGGAGUUCAAUGUGGAAUAACGACAGCUGACUGAUUUAUCUUUAUCUAUACUUAAAAUAAAGGAAUAGUUUGACAUUUUAGACAUUUUGGAUGCCACUCUCAUAUCCAUAUGCAAAAUACAAAACUAGAGCAAGGAUAUAGUUAGCUUAGCUUAGCCAAAAGACUGGAUGCAAGGGGAAACAGCUAGCUGGUUCUGUCCAAAGUUUUAAACAGUGUAACAGUAUUUCUAAAGCUAAUUCACACAUUAUUUCUUUGUUUACUCCUUAUAAAAUUUGAAAUGUAAAAGCAAACGAGGACUACUGUUUUACAGUAUAGUAGACUUUUGGGCUCAGCCCCUAAUGACAUACAAUACACCAAUUUAGUGGGCUUUAGAGGUGCUUGUAGUUGGAUUUUCUUUGGGCAGAGCAUGGCUAGCUGUUUCCCCCUGUUUCCUGCCCUAAUGCAAGGCUAGGCUAUAAGUUAACCUCCUGCUUGCUCUAGUUAGCUUGAUAUUUAGUAUACAGGAAAGCAUGGUAUUGACCGUCACAUUUAACUCUCGGCAGGAAAGCAAACCGAUGUGUUUCCCAAAAUGUCGAACUAUUCCUGCAACUGUUGAGUCACUUCACCAAAAUUACAAAAAACAAAUUUUCUAACUUACCUGUACAAUAGACCUAUAUAAAGUUUUUUGGCCAGGUUAUGAGGUUACGAAAGAAUUGCGUGAAUUAUCUAGAUAGUAACAGGUUUACUGUUUCUGGAAAGAGAUAUUGCUGAAUUGGAUUUUAUUAAAUGUAGUUUUUAAUGCUGUGAGCGCGAUAAACUAAACUCAAAUAACCUCCAGUUUUUGGGGGCUGGUGGCAGAAAUCUCAUCGAUGGAUAUCUCAUAACCUUAAAACCAAAGCUAUUUGCAUGACUACAUACCACUAGUUGUAGGUGAGAAAAUAAUGUUUUUGUAAUUAAGCUGAGCUGACUCUUAAACUACAGUGGUAGCUUUAGCAGAGGUUCCUCCACUUGCAUUUAUCCUCCUGUUGUGUAUUCGUACUGCAGACGUUUUUUGCUGUAGAAUCAGAUGUAUAUAUUGUAACACAAAAAAGAUUUGAACAGAUUUUCCAAACAAUUUCUUGUGGUAAUGGAGCAAAACUGAAGCAGUAAGAGGUGGGACUUCUGCCAUAGCUGCUUCUGAAUCUUUGUCCUCAGGCCCUUCCAGUGCCUCUCUCGUCACCAUCUACAUGGUUUCCAUGUCCAUUUGAUGGCAAACCUCAGUCUUCGGGUCACUCUGAUCCUCACAGAUGUCAAUGUACCUUUAAUGUACAGAUAAUAUAACAGGGACUAUGUCAAUAAUUAUUCAAGCAUUUUCAACUAAGCACGUGCUGCCAAGUACACGGCACAUGUGGCCCAGUGGGUGAAGGCCAUUUACAGUACACAGUUAAUACCAAAGCUGGACCGCCUCAAGCUGUUCGCUCACUAAAGAUCUGAAUGGCCUGCCUGGAAGCCAUGUUGAUUUUGGCACAUGAAGCUGAACACUGCCCUCAAAGAAACAAUGGAAUUUCCUGGUUGUGCCUUCAGGGAAGUGUUUUUAAAUAGGAAAAAUGUAGUGUUGCUUGCUUGUCCAGAGAUGUAGUGCAUACAGUAUAUUCGCCCAUAGUACACACAGUGGCUGCAUUGUUUUCUCAUUUUUAUUAUGGCAACAAACUGCUUAAGAAUAACUUGAUCUCCCUAGAAGGUGCCAAUUCUUGUGAAAGUGAAUAGUGAUAUGAAUGGAAGUUUUGAAUUAAGAAUGUAUCCUUGUAGUGAAUGUAACGUGUUGUUGACGAAACCAGACCUAUAAAAAAAAUGCUAACGGUUACCAGAGGGGAAAAAAAUAUAUAAUCACUGAUAGUGUUCAGUACUUCCUACCAGAUGUCUUUUACUCUGAAAAUUGAUCUUAACACUUAAAUUGUUUCCAAGGUGAAGACUUGCAGAUAUCUGUUCUGUGAGUGUUGCAUGUUGUUUGAAAAUGUCAUCAAUCAGAAGAAUGUCCAGAGGUGUAUUAAGCAACACUUAUUUCUUAAUGGGCCCAACAAACAGUAUAAUUACAAGUGAAAAUGUGCUUUUGGUUAUUCAAUGUGACUGUAUUUUUCUUUUUUACAUUUUAUAAACAAAUAUAAAGCCAAUGUUAUAUUACCUUCUUUAAUUGCACAGGUUUACAAGGUAAUUGUCCUUCAAGGCUUUCUGACUACCACUCUAGACAGUCCACAGUACGAUGGUCUAAAUUUAUUGCAGGUUCUUUGACUUCAAUAGAGACAUUUAGUUUCCUUGUGUGUAUGUCUCAUGACAGGCUAAAUGUUUCUUACUGCUCUGCUGAUCAUCUAUGGUGCUUAUUUAUUAUGGAUUUACACUAUUGUAAUGAAUGGACAUGUAUGGGAAUAAAGGUGACAAAGAUCAUCUCUAAGACAUUA